CCAGUGUGUGAAAAUCGUGAAGGAGCCAGGCCAGAGGACCGUCCGCGAGCAACUAAAAUUAGUCAGUGUAGUCAGCGGCAGCGGCCGAGCGACUGUGUGUUGGUGCGUGCGUUUCGCGGGCGGCCCGUUGCACGAUGGCCCGUGGUGGCGAGCGGCCAGUGAGCACCUGAAGGUCUGUGGGCCGCAGCUAGCACCGUAGGCGGCCGGCCUUUAGCAAUGUGCUGCAAGUAUGCACCGGGGAAGCGAUCGCUCGCACGGCUAGAUGACUGUCAGCUACCAGUACGAGGUGGCUUCCUCCACCAGCGGUGGAUUCACCAGGCUCUUGUGUAAAUGGCGCGGCAGUCUCUACAAGCUCAUCUACAGGGAGCUCUUCCUCUUCCUGGUGGCCUUCGGCGUGCUCAGCAUCUGCUACAGGAACUUCUUCACGCUCGAACAGAAAUUAUUAUUCGAGAAAGUUGUAGUCUACUGUGACAAAUUCAUCGCGCUCAUUCCUUUGUCUUUCGUGCUUGGCUUCUACGUGACAUACGUCGCUGGACGAUGGUGGCAGCAAUACAUGGCAAUUCCCUGGCCCGACAAGAUAAUGCACUGCGUGGCGCUGUACGUGACGGGCGACGACGAGUACGGCCGCAUGCUGCGCCGCUCCCUGAUGCGCUACCUCAACCUCUCGCUCAUCUUGGUGCUAAGGUCCAUCAGCUCGGCCGUAAAACGCCGCCUCCCCACCCUGGACCAUGUCGUCGAGUCAGGUUUUAUGACCAGAGUAGAGUUAGAAAUGUACGUUGCCGUACCAAGCGAAGAGUUCAACACGUACUGGAUCCCCAGCACGUGGUUCAUUUCCUUGCUGAAGCAGGCGAAGCGUUCCAACAGGGUCAUGGACUCGCAAGGUCUCAAGAUAAUCAUGGAGGAAUUCAACGAGUUCCGCUCGAAAUGUGGAAUGCUUUGGAGCUACGACUGGGUCAGCAUACCUCUAGUUUAUACUCAGGUGGUGACCAUCGCGACGUACUCGUUCUUCCUGGCCGCGUUGGUGGGUCGACAGUACGUGGCCGGCGCCAACAAACCCUUCCAAAUGGAGAUCGACACUUACAUUCCCGUCUUCACCAUCCUGCAGUUCUUCUUCUUCAUGGGACUGCUCAAGGUGGCGGAGCAACUAAUAAAUCCAUUCGGUGACGACGACGAGGACUUUGAGUUGAAUUGGCUCAUCGACAGACACACCAAGGUUUCGUACCUGGGUGUCGACAUCCUGAUGUCGCGGUCACCGCCGCUCGUAAAAGACUUGUACUUCGACGACGUCGACAUGAUGCUGCCAUACACGGAGGCCGCGCAAGCCUACAAGAAGAAAACCUACCGCGGAUCUGUACAUGACAUGAUGGUACCAGAGGGCAAGCAGGGCAUGUAUCUACCAGAAAUCGUGGAGGAGGGUCAACCGACCAUCUCGAGGAACGCCACCCCGAGGACUUCAAUGAUGAGCCUCUUCCCGGGCCAGACGUUGUCUCCGUACGAUGACGGUGGUGCCUUCGCGCGAAGGAACGAACGAACGUCACCCUCACCACAGCCGAGGCUAAAUGCAUGCUCCAGCAACAGCAACGGAAAUGGAGCCACUCCGGAAUUCGCUUCCGCAGGUACCAGGCGGUUCCAAACCUGCGGGCAAACAAGCUGCAAUGAGCUGGGCGCUGAUUUGUUCGCAAUGCUGUCCGAGGUGGACAGACAACAGCGACUAGGCAACCGGACGGUGCGCCGAGACUCGGGCGUUCCCUCCUACCCGCCGUCGUGCCUGUUGGGCGAUUCGCUGAGUCGCCGCUCUAGUUCGGUGAUGUCCGAGGAGCCGGACACCAUCUCCGUGAGCAGUGCGACGGCCCCCGUGCCCCCGGCCCGCUCCAGACUCAGGUACCUGCUCAAGAGGAAACACUCGAACUCGACCAAGAAGAACGUGCGGUGGCGCCCUGUGCAGCAGACGGACGUGCCGCCGCCCUCUCCGGACAUGAGUGUCAACGCCCUGGUCGAACACUCGACCAACUUCAUGCUGCAGCAACUGCUCAACGCCGACCCCAAGGCGGCGGACAAGGAAAAGGCGGCGGAAGCGGGUUCCCUCACCAGGAGCAUGCCGAAUAUUCAAACGACGGACUGCUCGGUGGACAGUGCGUGGCCGCAGCGGUCGCCGCCGAGGAAACGCACCGAAAGUGUUCAUGUUUCCAAGGAGGCGAUCAAAGAGGCUCUGGCCAACACGACGCUCAAGCCGCCCGACGACGAGUUCCUGUCCAAGAAUGAAAAUCUUGACGCGGAGCAACAGUCGAAAAGAAAUUGAGCACCGAGGUGGCCUUAUUUUGAACAGAACUCAUUUUCGGUAUAUGUGCGCAAGACCUGUGGGAUACGACUUGUGAUUACACUCAUCUCUUCUCGCACAAGUGUUGCAAGGUCGAUUUAAUUUAAGACUUCUUAUCUCGCUCAUAAAAUUUAUGUUGGGUCACUGUUGCAUUUGAUGUAUGGAAAUUUGAUUCCCGCGUGAAACAAACAGUGAAGAAAUUUCGUUCUCGAUUUGGCGAUCGUGCAAUUUCUAAAUGUUUGUUUUUCUGCUUUUUAAAUUUCGUUUGCAAAAUGAAUGUGACACACCUAUUGAUCACCCCGCCUAAUAGCUGCUGUUAUAGUCAUUACUACUCCUUUUUAGUCGUAGUCCUUUUGUGUCUCUUUACUGUACUCUUUCUCUUCUCAUUGCUGUAGCUAAAUCUUUUUAAACACCUCUCCGUGGACUGUAUCGUCGGAUAUCCCACAACUUGGUUCAGCACACAACACACAAAAACAGUGAUCCUCUUUAUAACUGUUACUAUUUAUGGCAAUGCCAAUAAUAAUCUAUCGCCGUGGAUGCCAAUAUAAUCUGCGUGCUGUGAUCCAGAAAUUGAAGAACGCACUUUUAACAUUUUUUGUUUUCUUCUCGAAAAAGACUCAAUCGUACGUUGUGGAAGUUAUUCGUGUAUGAUCGUUUUAACACUACGUUGUUAACUGAUAAUGCGUCCAUUUCUAAUCCUAAUCAUAUUGAUUUAAAAGACGUCAAACCUUUUUUACGAAUUCCAAUUUUUAUAAUGUGUCUCUUUCAAUUCUUGUCGAGCGCCUCCCUGUUGCUCUGUUGCGCAACGCACGUCCUUUAUACCCCCUCGAUAUUGUGUAAAAUCAGUUCAUUAAAAAUCUUCAACCAAAAGCCAAAAAAUUGUGUGAUGAAUAUUCUCUUGGAAACAUUUUUCACAGAUUGCGAACAUAAUAAAUCAUCAAUGAGAUUAAAACAAGAGUAAA